AUGAGCGUUGUGCACCGAGAGCAAGACAAUGAUAAGGAAGAGGAUAGACGGGUGGCGUUUAUCCUCAUCUGCAACUGCAUCCUCUUCAUCAUCAUGAUCAUCCUGCUGCUCCUGGUGUUUACGCGGUUCUCAUCGGAUGAUUCGGACGAGGGUGCGUUCACGCUUAUUUGCGUGUUCGAGUACCUGACACGUGUACUCCCCACCAGUGCACCCCAGUGCACGGACUAUGUGUACAUCCGGUUCUUCGUGUACUCGACCACGGAAGAUAAGGGCCCACUCGUGUUCGAAAAGAAGAAGCCAUUCGAUGGCACGGUCAAGCUGUACUACGACGAAACGGAUGACUAUUGGAAGCGGUUCAGGUCUUACCAGACACUGGACAACUUCGUGAGAAACAGCAAGCUCCAAAUUCCCUAUUCGCGCUGGUUGCUCGGCAUGUGGGGAACCACGUUCACCCGACUCAUGCAGGGUCUGUGGAAUGGCGACACCUUCCGGGCUGCCCUUCGCGAUACACUACGGAGCAAGUUCAGCAAACGGUUGAGGAUCGCGGACAUCGACGGGUUCGCCGUAAUCAACUCCAUCUUCGCCAAUGACAGGGGCCACGGGCGCUCGGAGGCUUUCGGCACGGCUUUCCGGUCGGGGAACAAUCCCAUCCUGGAACCCAACUGGGCCUACAUUCACACUGCCGCCAUUUGGCCUGGGGGAAGCAUGUAUGUCAACGAGACGAUGCUGCGAGAUGUACUCAAGCCUGCCGACGUGGUCGGGAUAAGCACAAGCAACAGCACUGAUGAGUCCAACAUCAUCUUGGGCCGAGGAGGAGGAAACAACGUUGAGUACAAGGCUGCUUCCCCACCAAACCCCAUCAGACCAGUGGCUUCAGGCGUCCGGGGAAUGCUUGACAUACUGGCGGAGUUUCCGCACUGGAAGCAGGUGCUGGGUCACCAGCAGCUGUGCUUCUCCCUCACGACGUCCAUCAACUACAUGCGCAGCAGCGCCGACAAGAUCGACUUUGUCUCGGACAUUCGUUUAAGUGCAGAUGUGCAGCGAUACCAUCGGAUAAGGUUCACCACCAGGGACAACAGAAGCGGAUACCCGGUUGAAGCGAAAAACACCACCUAUCACUUCGACAACACCACUUAUACGCACUUCUGGCAGCACAUUCGCAACGGCGACUUGUUGACCUUGUUCGCGUAUGACAUGUACGACACGCUGGAAUACAAGAUAGACGAGAUGCUCAAGGCGCACGGGGACGACAAGUGCGUCGUCUUCGACGACUUGGGCGAAGACGACGAAUUUGGGGCUUUCACCGCCAGGGGGACGACCGUCCAAUUCGGAAGGUUAAACAUGCUCCAAGCCGUGCAGGCUGCUAUGGUGAAGAAGUACGGGGAGCCCUUUCCCUGACGAAUGGGACGGCGUGGACCCUUUUCUGCACUUCCCGUCGUCAGUCCUGCAGCGCCGUCCAUUUUUCAAGCGCACAGCAGCGACAGUGACGUCACCAUCGAGGAGGUGUGACGACACUUGGCGAGUUGUUCCGAAGGCGGCGCUCCUUAUUUUACAGACAAAAGACUGUUAAUGGUUGUGCUUCUCGAAGCAGUCGGCUUGCGCGGAAUGCCACGUCGUUGUUACUUUGUGGUGACUUAGUUUUUAUGCUUGAACCGUCGGCGUGACGUGGAUAUUUGUGUGUGCUUAAUGUUCUUUUUUUUUUUUUUUUUUGCCUCGGCGCUAUGAACGCAAUCUUCAUUGACAUACUCUUUCGCGUCAUCACUUUGUUUUGAUUUAGUAGCUAACCUUGCCCGGUCAGCACGCAGAAACUUGAUUUCAAGAGGCGUGUCGCGACAGUGUUGCUUCGUUAUCGUAACGCUCACACUUGAACUGUAAACCCCGACGUGAGCACGUGUUUAUUUUUGUUUUUGUUUUAUACCGCAUGAAUGCAAUCGCCAUUAAGAUUAACAUGUUAUCAGGGGG